AUGGAAUCCCACAUGUUGUACACACAUGGAUAUUCCGUUGAUCAGCAACAGCCUUCUCGGUUGCCACCUCAGCCCGAACAAGUACGAUCAGAAUCACAAUCACAGGCACAACUACAAUCACAAGCUCAGCAACAAAGGUCAGUCAGUAAUGGCUACUCGGAGUACCCUGACUAUGCCUACUCUUCCAAUGUUUACUACCAACGGACCCCAGCUUACAAUAUGCAACAAGGACAGUUUUCGGGCUUUUCAUUUGAAGCCCAAUCUGACGCCUUGACGGGAGGUGCUUCGGCUUCUUCUUCGUCGCCAUCCUCAGCGUCUCGCGUAGGCUUGUCCAAUAGAACACUUUCUUCCUUUUCCCACAAUCAACAGCGAAUAGUGCCUGCAUCUAUACAGGCUGGUCAGAUGGGUCCAGGCCUUUCUUCUGACUAUCUGAUACCUCUGCUAAGAAAUAGCUACAGCGAUCCAUCUCAACAGCAGAUAUCUUCUUCUUCCAGUGUAUUUCGUGACCCUUGGGUUUCUUCAUUCACUUCCAAUUCCCGAACAACCACUAAUGAGUAUCAACCUAAUCUCUCGAAUGUUCGUCGCACGCCCAGAAAGUCGUUCACGUCAACUCUUUCGACAACUUUUGAGGACAUGGAACUUACAUCGGGACUGAAGCGGCAGAAAACUCCAUCAUUGCAACCACUACAGCCAUUACAGCCUCUACAAGUUGCUUAUCAACAAGAAAUCGUUCCUCCGUCUCGUAUUGACCCUCCUCCACCUUCAACUCUUACAGCGCAAGCUCAUGCUCCACCCAGAAGGCAAUCCGUUGCUGCAGGAUACCUUGUUCCUAAUCAUGAGAGAGAUGAAGGCACUUCCAGCACAUCUUCGUCACCUGUAACAAGAUUUCAGCAUGGUUAUCCACAGGGCUACUAUCAAGUUCAACCAUCAGUCAAGACAUUGUCGCUUAAACCGUUGGCGCCUAUUGUUCCUAAACGAGUUCUUCCCGCACCCAAGUUUAGAAAACUCACCUCCAGAGAAGAUCUCAGUCCUCAUAUCAAUGCCAAACCAAAAUACAGGAGGGCAGCUUCAUCUAAUACAUUUCUUUCUCCACUAAACGCGUUGACAUCGUCUCUUACUGUGACGUAUUCAAUGUGCGUUCCCGAAUUUGACUACAAGACUUCCAAGAAUCCGAGAAGAGUGCUUACAAAGCCCAGUAACGCAGUAACAAACAAUGGAUAUGACAACGAACAGAGCGAUUAUAUAUUGUAUGUUAACGACGUCUUAGGAGUGCAAGAGAAUCGGAAGUAUAUGGUGGUGGACAUCAUAGGCCGAGGUACCUUUGGACAGGUGGUGAAGUGCCAAAAUUUGGAUACACAGGAAAUAGUCGCCGUGAAAGUGGUGAAAUCAAGACCUGUGUAUUUGAACCAGUCACUCACGGAGGCCGGGAUCUUGGAGUAUUUGAACAGAAAAGUGGAUCCCGGGGAUGAACAUCACCUUCUGCGAAUGAAGGAUAAGUUCAUGCACAAGAACCAUUUUUGCUUAGUGUUUGAGCUACUCUCAUCCAAUCUUUACGAACUCAUAGGUCAGAAUCAAUUUCACGGAUUGGCAAUAAAGCUUAUCAAAAAGUUUACGGUUCAAUUGUUAGAUGCGCUCUGCGUGUUGAAAGAUGCUGAGUUGAUUCACUGUGACCUGAAACCUGAAAAUAUUCUCUUGGUAUCGUUGGACCGUCCUGAAAUCAAGGUGAUUGAUUUUGGAUCUGCAUGCCACGAGAAACAGGUUGCUUACACUUACAUUCAAUCGCGAUUCUAUCGUUCUCCAGAGGUAAUUCUAGGCCUUUCGUACGGAUCGGCAGUUGACAUGUGGUCGUUAGGAUGUAUCAUAACUGAGUUAUUUCUUGGACUCCCUCUAUUCCCAGGAACGUCCGAAUUCAAUCAGCUAGAAAUAAUAGUCAGAAUGUUGGGAAUGCCACCUACAUGGAUGAUUGAAAUGGGAAAGAACUCCAUCAAUCUAAUUAAUAAAAGGGUGGAUCCUCAGACAGGCAAGAAAUACUAUGCUCUCAAGAGCGUGGAGCAGUAUUCACGAGAAUCCCAUACUAAACAGAAACCCGGAGAAGAAUACUUUAAAGACAGAUACUUGGAUGAUAUUAUAAUGCAUUGCCGGCUUCCAAGGAAAAAUAUGACAAAGCCGAUGAUUGACCUGGAAAUGGAAAAUAGAAAAUGUCUGCUACACUUCAUUAAGGGAUUAUUGAACUUGAACCCGUUGGAGAGAUGGACACCUCAAGAGGCUUUUGCCCAUCCCUUUGUUACGAACCAGAAGUUUACUGGAGAUUGGAAUCCUCCAUCAAGGAAGAUUUAA